AUGGACUCCGGUAACAUUCCCUACAUCCCCCAGGCUGUGAGUGCCGUGGAUCGUGAUGCAGAGGGCGAUACCACAGCCCACGCCUCUCGCCUUUGGCAAGAUGCAGCAGCAGCAUUUGCACUUGCCCUUCGCUGGAAAGUUGAGAGAAACACAUCGUAUGCUGACGCCGCUGCGGAUAUUCUGACUGCCUGGGCCGAAAGUCUCACUUCCCUCGGCGCAAACGACGAUCAAUACCUGGUGGCUGGCCUGCAGGGACAUGAGCUGGCAAAUGCUGGAGAGCUACUGCGAGACUACGCCCCUUUCCAAAAGAGCGGACUCGCUUCUUUUCAGACAAUGAUGCAGCAUGUUUUUCUGGAAAAGAACUUGUACUUCCUGAAUCAUCUGGCUGGCUCAGAGCAUAACGUGAAGCAUUUUUUCGCCAAUUGGGAGCUUGCCCAGGUCGCUUCAACCAUGGCAAUUGGUGUCCUGACGGAUAAUAAGACCACGUGGGACUUUGCGGUCAAUUAUUUCAAGAAUGGAACUGGAAACGGUGCGAUCAACAAUGCAAUAACGAAUAUUGUGGAAGAGCCCGGCACUGGUCGUCCACUUGGCCAAGGUCAGGAAGAAGGUCGAGACCAGGGACAUUCGUCGUUGGAUUACGCUCUCCUCGGUGUUAUUGCUCAACAAGCAUGGAACCAAGGUGAAGACUUGUUUGCAUACAAUGACAGCCGCAUUCUCCUCGGUGCCGAAUAUUUUGCGCGUUACAACCUCGGAUAUGAUGUUCCCUUUGAGAGUUACACCAACGGCAUCGUCAGCUAUCCCGAGAUAUCUAGUCAAUCUCGUGGUAGUGUAAGAUGGGCGUGGGAGGUGCUCUACAAUCACUAUGUUAAGAUCAAAGGGCAAUCUGCUCCUUGGACGACUCAAUACUGGAACAAAUCUUUGGAAACUUUUGGUGGUGUCGAGAUUGGCUCUGGAGCCUACGGUAGCCCAUUGUCCUCCGGUUACUACGAUACAAUGGGUUGGGGCACUAUCUUGUACCACCUCGAUGACACUGAUGUGGCUGCAGCUCGUGCGUUCUAUCGAUCAUCAUCAAAUGUGACGGUGUCUGCGAGUGCACCAUAUUCGAGUGCACCAUAUUCGAGUGCACCAUAUUCGAGUGCACCAUAUUCGAGUGCACCAUAUUCGAGUGCACCAUAUUCGAGUACACCAUAUUCACGUGCACCAUAUUCACGUGUACAAUUGCCUUCAAGCGUGCAAAACUCCUCAAAUCAGCCAUCUUCGGCCACUCAAGCCACGCUCUCUCCAUCAUCAAAUUCUCCUCCCUCUCUAGUAGGCGCUGCCCCUCCAGCUGCUCCAGAAGGCUGCAGAAAUGCAGCUUUCCCGACUUCAAGAGGCUCUGAAGCGUUGGCAGCUGAUUCAAACAAACAAGAACCCAGACGUCGCCCCUGGAGUCAUAACUUACGUGCGCAUGGAAAUGCACAUGGGCAUACUCACUAG